CGUUGCCCGAUCUUCCAUCAUCCAGCCACUCCGGAGGAUAUGUGUUCAAUGCACCUGAUUUGUCCUACUACAUCAACAUGCCAGGAUCAGACCGGAAUGCGGACAGUGUUGUGGCGUCUCCGGCUACGAGAACGUCGCUCUUAAUUGCAGUCCAGGUGAUCUCCAAACUGUUUACCUUUGUGUCAAACCAACUCAUCCUACGGAAGCUGCACCCGGAAACUCUGGGAAUUGCGGCUCAGCUCGAGCUUUAUUCUAUCUCGAUACUGUAUUUCUCGAGGGAGGCAGUUAGACUUGCGAUUCAGCGACAGCCGUUGGGAUAUGCCAGAGCCGUCAGCGAGAAGGGUAGCGGACACCCGCAGACGCAAAACACCCGCGAAAUCACGGAAGCCCGACUUGAGGCCUCUCAAUCGGUAAUCAACAUGUCCUACUUGAGCCUCGGGUUGGGGAUCCCACUAGCCGUGGUAUCUACCACUUUCUACAUACAAUUGGCUCCUGAUGGUGUCUCUCAGGCACAGUUUUAUCACCUAAGCAUACUUCUCACCGCUUGUGCGUUGGUUAUUGAGCUGUGUUCCGAGCCCUUUUUUGCAAUCAUCCAGCAACACAUGCUUUAUAAAAAGCGAGCAUUGGUCGAGAUGACUGCAGCGCUGGCGAAGAGUCUGGCAGUGUGCGGCUCUGUUGUAUGGGCUGCCCGGGCAAGCCGCAAUAUUGGUGUCCUCCCAUUUGCAUUGGGCUACGCCUGCUAUGCAACUACACUCACCUGUGGCUACGCUAUAUCUUUACUAAGUUCCGCGGGCCAGAGGUCGUUUUCAUUACUUCCAAAACUAAUAAGUUCAAGGAACAACUCUUCCUACAUACUCGGCAGGUUUCCCAGGCAUCUAGUUUCAUUGUUUGCAGCCAUCUUCCUACAAUCCGUCAUCAAACACUUGUUGACACAAGGAGAUUCCAUGAUGCUGGCUGCGAUGGCAAGCCUGCAAGAUCAGGGUAUCUAUUCUUUGGCGUCCAACUAUGGGGGGCUCAUAGCCCGUAUUGUGUUCCAGCCAAUCGAAGAAAGCAGCCGGGCCGUCUUUUCUUCCCUUUUGAAUGGCGGUAAGGGCAACGAUCGGUGGCCGGAUACCGUAGGCACAGCCAGGGCACAUUUAACCAACAUAUUGCGGAUAUACGUGCUCUUCUGUGCUUUAGUUGUGCCAUUGGGUCCGUGUAUGGUGCCCCGAGUGCUCCACGCACUAGGUGGACGCAGAUGGGCUUCUGCUGAAGUUGAUAGUCUGCUGUCUCUCUAUUGUUAUUACAUACCAUUUCUUGCAUUCAAUGGUAUAACAGAGGCCUUUGUCUCAUCUGCGGCAAGUACUUCGGACUUGCGAAGACAAUCACGCUGGAUGGGUGUCUUUUCGGGAUGCUUUGCUGUAGCAGCAUACUCAUUCUUAAUAAUUGGUGACAUGGGUGCUCGCGGCUUGGUAUGGGCCAAUAUCUUCAAUAUGGGGGUCCGUAUAACGUGGAGUCUCCUGUUCAUUCGAUCAUAUCUAUGUCGCAAUAAUCAUACCAACUUGGCUGUCACUGAAAUCAGCCCCAGGCCGCUUACCCUUAUUUCGGCAGUCAUAGCAUCAAUGAUAUUAACCGAACAAGAACAGGCUAGUUACGGUUUCCACGGCAUCAUCAAGGACUUAAUUACCUGCACUGGUUAUACUCUGCUCGUUGCAUUCCUCGAGAGAAGGUUUCUAUUGGCACAAAUUGGCGAGGGCCGGCGAACAACCAAAAAGACUAAAUUAGGAGGAAAGACGGAGUGAGAUCAAGUUCAAUCGUCGAACACGAUCUUCGUGGCUGGCUUGCUGGAGUCGACAUCCUUGAAGAAUGCACCAUAUGCACCAUGUUGCUUCUUCUUAACAGUCGAGCCAAAUUUAAGAAGAUCCUCUGGUACUUCUUGAUUCGCGGCCUUGAGCACGUUUAUCAAC